GGAGACCAGGGCUGGGAGAACACUGAGGGGGAAAACAGGAUUUGACUUCACUGACUGUUGUCCCUGUCCUCCCAACCUCCUCCAGGUACAUGGUGCGGGUCCGAGCUGUGGUGAUGGCCCGAGAUGACUCCAGUGGGGGCUGGCUGCCUGUGGGGGGCGGGGGCCUCAGCCAGGUGAGCGUAUGUCGGGUCCGAGGGGCCAGGCCCGAGGGGGGGGCCCGCCAGGGGCACUACGUCAUCCACGGGGAGCGCCUCCGGGACCAGAAAACCACCUUGGAGUGCACCCUGCGGCCAGGCUUGGUUUACAACAAAGUAAACCCCAUCUUCCACCACUGGAGCCUGGGAGACUGCAAGUUCGGACUGACAUUUCAGAGUCCUGCAGAGGCUGACGAGUUCCAGAAGAGCCUGCUGGCUGCGCUGGCUGCUCUGGGCCGAGGCUCGCUCACUCCCUCCUCUUCCUCCUCCUCCUCCUCCUCCCCUUCCCAGGACACUGCCGAGACUCCCUGCCCUCUGACGUCCCAUGUGGACAGCGACUCCUCCUCUAGUCAUAGCCGCCAGGAGACGCCACCGGCUGCAGCAGCAGCCCCCAUCAUCACCCUGGAGUCAGCUUCUGCCUUCGGGCCGGCCACGCCCCCCCAGCGCCGCCGUUCCUCCGCUCAGAGCUACCCUCCGCUUCUACCGUUCACCGGGCUUCCGGAACUGGCGGAGUCCGUGGCGGGGGCCGGCGGCCAGGGCUGGGGCGGACGCGGCUAUGAGGAUUACAGGCGCCCCGGGCCUCCCCCGCCCCUGGCCCUGUCCACCUGCGUGGUGCGCUUCGCCAAGACUGGCACGUUGAGGGGUGCGGCCCUGGGUCCCCCCGUGUCACUACCUGCCCCUCUCACCGAGGCUGCACCCCCAGCACCCCCAGCCCGCCCACCCCCGGGCCCAGGCCCUACCCCUGCACCCGCCAAGGCCUCCCCUGAGGCCGAGGAGGCAGCGCGCUGCGUGCACUGCCGUGCGCUCUUCCGCCGCCGCGCAGACGGGCGUGGUGGCCGCUGUGCAGAGGCCCCGGACCCCGGUCGCCUACUGGUGCGCCGACUCAGCUGCCUGUGGUGCGCCGAGAGCUUGCUCUAUCACUGCCUGUCGGACGCCGAGGGCGACUUCUCGGACCCCUGCGCCUGCGAGCCAGGUCACCCGCGCCCUGCCGCGCGCUGGGCCGCCCUGGCGGCGCUCUCCCUGGCAGUGCCCUGUCUCUGCUGCUACGCCCCCUUGCGCGCGUGCCACUGGGUCGCUGCAAGAUGCGGCUGCGCGGGCUGUGGGGGUCGCCACGAGGAAGCUGCGCGGUGAGGACUGCCUGGCGGGUCCGGUUGCUGGACCAGACCAAGGACCCCAACUUAAGUGUCCAGGACCCCAGACUUGGUUCGAAUCUAAAACCCAA